UAAUUUUAUGUUAAAACGUCAAAUCAUGUUCUGUAAAUGAAUAUAUUAACAAACAAUAGUCGCUCUUUUCUAUUGAAAAAAUUGUAAGGUAAACAUUUAUAAUGUGGGUUUAAAAUAUAUUGUUGCAGUGCUUCCGAGUGUUUGAUGAGAGAGGGUUGGGGGUGCUGAGUGUCCGAUUAGUUUUGAUAAUGUCGGUCCUUAUUCAAUAUUAUAAUGAUUUUAUAUCGAGAUCAGCAGAUCCCCGAGUAAAACAAUGGGUCUUCAUGGACAACCCUCUACCAACACUGGCCAUAAUAGCAGUGUAUCUGUUAUUAGUUUUGAAAAUAUUACCGCUUUACAUGAAAAAUAGGAAACCAUUCAAUUUAACACGAAUCAUAAGGUUAUACAAUAUAUUUCAAGUAGUUGCGUGUAUUUUACUUAUUUAUAUGUACUUGACAGCAGGAUGGAUACAAGGUGAAUAUAGUAUCGGUUGCGCUCCAGUUGAUUGGUCCAAUAAACCAAAUGCGCUACGAAUGGUCGGUACUUUCUACUGGUUGUAUUGUUUGAAAGGUGUGGAAUUGGUAGAAACAAUAUUCUUUGCCUUGAGGAAAAAGUUCAAUCAAAUAUCUGGUUUACAUGUUUAUCAUCACAGUUCGACGUUUUUCUUAACCUGGAUUGGAUGUAAAUUUGUAGGAGGUGGUAUGGCAUCGGUUCCGUCAAUGUUGAACUCCUUUAUACACGUGCUUAUGUACACCUAUUAUUAUAUGUCAUCGCUAGGACCAGAAUGGCAGAAAAAAUUGAGACCAUGGAAACCGAGACUAACUAUAUGUCAAAUGAUACAAUUCACAAUAUUGAUAAUUCAUUCAUUGAGCGCUUUUCAUCCAGAAUGUGAUAUACCUAAAUACUUCAUGUUAUUGUAUCUCCCAAAUCUGGUAUUAAUUUUCAAAAUGUUCUACGAUUUUUACAAGGAUAGUUACAAAUCCAAAUCCGCAUCUCUGAAUCAUCACCAAAGAGAAAAGAAGAUAUCAUAACAAGUUCCUACCAGUAACAACUAGAAAAUUAUGUGUUCAGAGAAACUUAUGAUUGGACAAAAAAGGAAAGAACAGUGACUAAACAUUGAAUGUCAAUUUAUCUUUUGGGUUGUCCAGUAUUGUAAAGUUUUUAUAUCUUCCAAGUUAAAAACCGACUUUUUUGUAUCUAUGUAAGAAAAAUAAAACACUGUUCGUACA